CCAGCGCGCCCAACUCCGGGGCUCCCGAGGCGGCUGGCGGGCGAUCCGGGGCGCGCAGGGCCCUUGUAUUGGGCACGCAAGAGAUCGGAAGGGGGUUUGUUGCUGGUGCCCGCGGGCCCGAGCGCGAUCAGAGCGGGAGGAGGGAGCUAGGGUUCGCUCAGCGCCGAGCUGCCUCUCCGGCACUCGCUCUCCGGACUUGUAGGUCUGCAAGCUGCUGCUCCUCCCACCCCGGCCCGCCUCCUCGCUCUCUUGCUCGCUCUCCGGAGUUGCUGUGCUAGCCUUGCCGUGCGUCCUGGCGAGUGCGGGCCGAGGGGCCCCGGGCCAGAACUGAGUAAAGGACAGGGGCGUCCCGGGCAGAGCUCAGCCGGCCGGGGAGUGGCCAUGUGUGGCGAGGCCGCCUUGAAGCUCGCCUGCAGCAAGUGACCUCGGGUCGUGGACCGCUGCCCUGCCCCCUCCGCUGCCACCUGGGGCGGCGCGGGCCCGGUGCCCCGGAUCGCGCGUAGAGCCGGCGCGAUGCACGUGCGCUCGCUGCGCGCUGCGGCGCCACACAGCUUCGUGGCGCUCUGGGCGCCUCUGUUCUUGCUGCGCUCCGCCCUGGCCGAUUUCAGCCUGGACAACGAGGUGCACUCCAGCUUCAUCCACCGGCGCCUCCGCAGCCAGGAGCGGCGGGAGAUGCAGCGGGAGAUCCUGUCCAUCUUGGGGUUGCCCCAUCGCCCGCGCCCGCACCUCCAGGGAAAGCAUAAUUCGGCGCCCAUGUUCAUGUUGGACCUGUACAACGCCAUGGCGGUGGAGGAGAGCGGGCCGGACGGACAGGGUUUCUCCUACCCCUACAAGGCCGUCUUCAGUACCCAGGGCCCCCCUUUAGCCAGCCUGCAGGACAGCCACUUCCUCACCGAUGCCGACAUGGUCAUGAGCUUCGUCAACCUAGUGGAACAUGACAAAGAAUUCUUCCACCCUCGAUACCACCAUCGGGAGUUCCGGUUUGAUCUUUCCAAGAUCCCCGAGGGUGAAGCGGUGACUGCAGCCGAAUUCAGGAUCUAUAAGGACUACAUCCGGGAGCGAUUUGACAAUGAGACCUUCCAGAUCACAGUCUAUCAGGUGCUCCAGGAGCACUCAGGCAGGGAGUCGGACCUCUUCUUGCUGGACAGCCGCACCAUCUGGGCUUCUGAGGAGGGCUGGUUGGUGUUUGAUAUCACAGCCACCAGCAACCACUGGGUGGUUAACCCUCGGCACAACCUGGGCUUACAGCUCUCUGUGGAGACCCUGGAUGGGCAGAGCAUCAACCCCAAGUUGGCAGGCCUGAUUGGACGGCAUGGACCCCAGAACAAGCAACCCUUCAUGGUGGCCUUCUUCAAGGCCACGGAGGUCCAUCUCCGUAGUAUCCGGUCCACGGGGGGCAAGCAGCGCAGCCAGAACCGCUCCAAGACGCCAAAGAACCAAGAGGCCCUGAGGAUGGCCAGCGUGGCAGAAAACAGCAGCAGUGACCAGAGGCAGGCCUGCAAGAAACACGAGCUGUACGUCAGCUUCCGAGACCUUGGCUGGCAGGACUGGAUCAUUGCACCUGAAGGCUAUGCUGCCUACUACUGUGAGGGAGAAUGUGCCUUCCCUCUGAACUCCUACAUGAACGCCACCAACCACGCCAUCGUCCAGACACUGGUUCACUUUAUCAACCCAGACACGGUACCCAAGCCCUGCUGUGCACCCACCCAGCUCAACGCCAUCUCUGUCCUCUACUUCGACGACAGCUCUAAUGUCAUCCUGAAGAAGUACAGAAACAUGGUGGUCCGGGCCUGUGGCUGCCACUAGCUCUUCCUGAGACCCUGACCUUUGGGGGCCACACCUUUCCAAAUCUGCGAUGUCUCACCAUCUAAGUCUCUCACUGCCCACCUUGGCGAGGAGUCAACAGACCAACCUCUCCUGAGCCUUCCCCUCACCUCCCCAACCGGGAGCAUGUAAGGCUUCCAGAAACCUGAGCGAGCUGGCAGCUGAUGAGCGCCCUUUCCUUCCAGCACGUGACGGACAAGAUCCUACCAGCUACCACAGCAAACGUCUAAGAGCAGGAAAAAUGUCUUCCAAGAAAGUGUCCAUUGGCCACAUGGCCCCUGGUGCUCUGAGUCUUUGAGGAGUAAUCACAAGCCUCGUUCAGCUGCAGCAGAAGGAAGGGCAUAGCCAGGGUGGGCGCUUACGUCUGUGUUGAAGGAAAGCCAAGCAGAAGUCCCUGUAAUGAAAUGUCACAAUAAAGCCCAUGAAUGAAAAUGGUUAGGAUGUUA